AACACCGUAUCUAGAAAACCGUAGCUGUUACCUUUGCCUUCCCCUUCCCCUCCUAAAUAGAGCGGCGGCGGUAGUUGGCGGCGGCGGCGUGGAGAAGAAAGGAGGACGGGCGGCGAGAUGGCGACGGCAGGGAAUUCGAAGGCGCCGAGUGGCGAGAAUCCGUCCUUAGGCGGGGAGCUCUAUCAGGCUGCAAUCUCUCUGCAUAAGAGUAUCAGGCGGAUCGGGGCCAAGGGGGACAUGAUGUUCGAGAUUGGUCGUCUUGACGCCGCGCAUCGCGUAACUCUGUUUGAGUUGAGAUCGGAGAUGUUCGAGCUGUCGGAAAAGAUCAGGCACGUGAUGCCCGACGCCUUUCGUAUUGAAGCUAAAGGUGAGAUGGACACUGGUGGGAGGUCGUCGAAGCGAAGUAAUGCUGCGGAUCUCGAGGAACUUCGUCAUGUGGCAUCACUGAUGCGGACAACCAAAGAAGCAGAAAGAAAGGAGCUGCUCGAUCUGUUAGCAAAGGAGAAGGGGUUGUUCGCUGGCAAGGCAGGCAAUCUACCCGAAUCGAUUAGGAAGAUCCUGCUGAAAUUCAGAAAUUUUGUCGGUGACAUCAAUUCAGUAUUUGAAGCGGAACAGACCCGAAAGGAGGCAGCGGCAGUGCUAACCUUGGGCUUCAGGCUACAGUUCUUCUCCAAGCAGAUCCAUGAGCUGUGGCAAGAGAUGUGCAAGUUGCAGAGUUUGUUCUCGCCAGAGAACAAAGAUGUCAUGAGAACAAUGAUCGUUUUGAAGAAUGAGUACCUGCCCCGGAUCUGCAAGUUGCAAUGGAUUGCUAAACGUAUCAGCAUGCUGCAGCAAGUGGACCCGGAUUUUGAUUCCAAGGUGAAAUUGAUGAUGAUACAGUUGAAAUCUGAAUCUUUCUUAUCAGCUAUGGAGGAGGUGGAGAGGGAACACAUAUGCAAAUCUUCCAUGGAGGAGGAGGAGAGGAGGUUUGCUGCCUACCGUAUGAACUGGGACCGUAUAUGGGGGCACGACAAGGACUUUGAAGACCAGACGCUUUUGAGCCCCAUGCUCUAUACACAUUGCACACCGCGCCGCAUCCCAAUUGAAGCUCUAGCCGGGAGUACCUUACAGAUCUAUUCCAUUAAAAUCUCGGCAACAAAAAAUCUCACAUUGCCAGUGGAGGUGUAUGGAGUGGUAGCAGCCCGAGAUACUGCGGACCGUCACCGCAACCCUAUAUUCCUUCGCAGAAGUAACUACUGCCAAAAACUGGAAGAAAAUGAUUCCUUUUUGUGCCUGGAUGGCCCGGUUCGUGCGAUUGUGUCCAUGGGCACUGUGUACUUUGAAAUUCAACUAAAAGUAAAGGGCGCAUCAGAAUCUGAAGAUAAAGCAUUGAUCAGUACUUAUUUCUUCUACAAUGGUGACAGUUCCGGUGGGCAUGUGGCUAAGAACGACUUCUGCACAGUGGAGUUUUGCUGGGAGCAACUUCGGCAGUCAGUGCAGGCUACUAUCCUGAGUGUGCUUGUUACAUCUGUAGAUGGAAAAUUGCCUUUUCCGCAUGGUGGCAGAGUUGUUUGCUCUUCACAACCUCAGGAUGGUAAUGAAGAUAUUGCUGGGCUCUCAUCCAGGCAAGUUGUGUUGGUUGAUUCAGAAGGUGGAAGAAUGCCAAUUGCUGAACAUGGCUAUCUUGAGCUGUCAAGAGAAGUAGUUUCUGUGGAAUUGAAUGGAAAGUUAAAAGUCCUUAUAGAGGCCUAUUCGACAACACAAUCUGCUGAGAGUGCUCAAGUCAUCUUAAUAACACCAAAAAAAUCCAACAUAACUAAAGUUGCAUGUAGCCUAUAUGCUGGUGGCCCUAAGGUGGAGAUUACUGUUGCUUGGUCCCUCAUUCCGUCGAAGAUGCUUAAUUGAUGAAUGAUGAUGGGAGACUGGACUUGUUGAAAAGAUGGUGAUAUGUGAAAGUUAUGGUCAUACGGCUGCCUUUCCUGUAGUUAUGGUCAGACUAUGUGAACAUUUUUAACUGUAUUGUCAAGCUAUGUGAAAGUUAUGUGAACCUGUAUUAAGUGGGAUGUAUUAAGCUAUGUUAUGCUUGACAAUCGAUCAUGUUACUUUCUGAACAAUUGUUUAUCAAUCAAAAUCAGAUUGGUAUCUCCUGUGAGCUA